UUAAGCAGCAUAUCCUCACAGCCGUCGUCUUCCUCGCCGGACUUGCUAAGGUAACAAUCCUCACCCAAACUUCUCCGGACCAGAGGUACCACCAUCUCUAUGAUACGCGUCUACGAGACCUAAAUCAAUAUCUCCCAAAACAACCAAUCACCUACGCCAAUUUCACUGUCACUGGUUCCUCUCCGGAAGCUUCCAAUGAGUUUGUUCUGUAAUUCAAUUGAGACCCUUUAUCCAAAACCCUUCCUUUCUCACAAAUCUCACUUCUUUACCUUCUCUGAUUCCAAAUUCCAAAACCCUAAAUUCCCCAGCUUCCCACUUCGCCGUCUACGCCCGAUCACAUCAUGUCUGAAAUCAGCAUCUUCGUCAGAAAUCGAUUUGGUGAGGAACAAAGAAGGUGUCUUUGCUCCAAAGGAGAAGAAAGUUGUAGUCUUGUGGGACUUAGACAACAAACCACCACGAGGUCCACCGUUCGAAGCAGCAACAGCUCUCCGUAAAGUCGCGGAGAAGCUCGGCAGAGUCGUUGAGAUCUCCGCUUACGCAAAUCGUCAUGCUUUUAUCCAUUUACCUCAUUGGGUCGUCGAAGAGAGACGUGAAAGGAGGAAUCUUGAUUUCAUGGAGAGAAAAGGAGAAGUGACUCCAAUUGAGCCUUACAUCUGUGGAGUAUGUGGGAGGAAGUGUAAAACCAAUCUUGAAUUGAAAAAACAUUUCAAGCAGCUUCAUGAAAGAGAGAGACAGAAGAAAGUGAAUAGGAUGAGAUCUUUGAAAGGUAAGAAGCGUCAGAAGUUUAAAGAACGUUAUGUUUCAGGGAAUGAGAAGUAUAAUGAAGCAGCGAGGAGGUUGUUGACUCCUAAAGUUGGAUAUGGUUUAGAGGCGGAGCUCCGGCGAGCAGGGGUUUAUGUGAAGACUGUGGAGGAUAAGCCACAAGCGGCGGAUUGGGCGGUGAAGAGACAAAUACAGCAUUCGAUGACUAGAGGGAUUGAUUGGUUGGUUUUGGUUUCGGAUGAUAAGGAUUUUUCAGAUAUGUUGAGAAAAGCUAGGGAGGCUGAUCUUGGGACAUUGGUGGUUAGUGAUAGGGAUAGGGCGUUGGGAAGGCAUGCUGAUUUGUGGGUGCCUUGGAUUGGUGUGGAGAAGGGAGAGAUAGGGGAGAAGGAUUUGAUUCCGGGGAAGAGACCACAGUUUGAGGAGGAGGAGAGUGAGGUGGGAUUUGGUGGGGAUGAGCUGUUUUCGUUGUCGUAUGAUGAGGAUGAGAGGGCGGAGAUGACGGUGGAGAGUGAUGGGUUUGGGAGGUUUAAUGUGUCUGCGUUUUCGGAAGAUGAGUGGGUGGAGGAUGAAGGAGACUUUGCGUUGAGUGGUAGUGAUGAUGAUAGUGACGAUGACCUUGGCAUCUGAUUCAUGAUGUUUGAGUCUACGAAUUAAUCUAGAACUAUUAGAGUUCAAAAGAGCUCUGGUUGAUGUAAUUGAAAUGAAAAGCAGAACCAUUCUUAACAUAAGCCAAGAUAAUUGUGCAUU